UGAAGAGUGAGGGCGCAGUGUGCGAGUUGACUUGGCGUUGGCAUCUUGGUGCAGCUUCUAAGCCCAAGGUGUCCGCUGCAAGGAUUCAACGGCCAGCCCAAGCUUUCCUCUUCUUGCGAUUCUCAGUGCCUAAGGAACAGGCUAGCACAACUUCGCAACGUAAGGGUGUCGAAUCGGCAUUGAAGAAGUGGUGCGUGCAAAGUCGUAGUACUAGGAGUCAGACGCGUGUCGAGAGAAAAGUUGCGGGUCAGAUGACGGUACAGGAGCUCGCCGCUCGCUUGCCAGCGAUUCUCGCAGGUUUGCGUACUUCAUCUUCUAGUACUUCUGGAAAUGCGAAUGUGAAUGCCAAUGUCAUGGCAACCUCUGACUUGCUUCAAGUAGAGAGCAGAGCCGUUAUCUACCAUCUGGUGGAGAAUGAGAGGAAAGAGGAAGAU